UACAAGGCUAUUUCUAAAACAUCCUGACUCCCUCAUGCGUUUGCGUCACCACUAUCGAGCUCCACAAGUUCAUUUGGUACAUUCACGGGCGAGUGACGUAGAGCAGAAGAGGAAAUGGGACACACUGGAGAUGUUACCCCAGGCCUUUCAUGAUUGUUCAGGUGGGACAGUGAAAGCAAGUCUACACACCAUCAACUCUGUCCUUGACCCAAAUGCUCCGCCAUUCCAGUCCAAGUUUGUGGUGUUGGUGUGUGACCCAGUAUUUAUGGAAUUUCUUGGUCAGAGACGUGAUCACUUUGCAGAAUUUGUAAAUCACAUCAGCAGCGAAAAGAUCCGAUUGGUGAUAUUGAGGGUGCAUGGUGUCAGUACAGAGACCAUCCUUGAGAUAGCGCCACCAUUGCGCUCGUUUAUUGGACAACAGUUGUGUGUCGAUUUUUAUGUUGACCGUGAAGAGGAUGUGGUUAAGAUAACUGAGGCUGUCUUUGAAAAGUUAUUCGAACCAAGUGAUCAAAGCAAAGAUACAUCAACCAGUAACGGUGUGUGGAAUACACAGGGGUGUCUGGCUGCCAACCAGAUACCCACUCAGCCGCCAUGUGUCAACCAGAAUGCACCUGAUGCCGGUAGCUUGUCAGGAUGUCCCUUGAAUGACAAUGCAUCAUCUCUAACAGCAGACGAUGCCCCUGAUAUGGAAGCAACAGAACCUGAGAGUCUGCGGGAGAGAAUGCAGAAAGAGAGAGAGUGGGAGCGAACAGUUGAGUUGCUGGGAUGUGCAGCAUCUUCAAAAUCACAAUCAUAUCCAGUGAAUCAAGAUACCAGGGAAGGUCAUAUCUCUCUGUCCACCAGAGGCCAACUUCAGCAUACACUUCAAAAUCAAGAUAGUGCGUCCCCACAUAUGUCAGUUGAGGAGAGUCUCAGAGCGAGUGCUGGUAGCUGUACCCUUCCAUCUCCUGUCCGUAAUCCUCGAAACUCAACACAAGCUACAGCUAUGGUUCCUCCUAGACGCAACACUCCAGCAUCAGGAAGCCUGUCUCAGUCGAACCAAACAUACUCGCGGUUACUGCAUGCCCAGGUGGCCCCAUUAGAGCAGACGAUGCCUAAAACUUUGACAGAAGGCAAGUUGAAUCGUUACCUAGAACAAUCCCGUACAGAUCAACAACAACAAGAGCAACGUGUGCCGCCGCCUAACUCGCAUACAAGGCUUGAAAUUGGUUUCUCAACUGGACCACCUGCAGAUAUGGAAUCGUCUCCCUCCAACAAUCGCCAAAAUGAAAAAGUAAAAGAUUUGCGAGAGGACCUUCUGGAUGAGCUUAGUAUAUAUUUGGAUCCACCUCGUUGUGGUAUGAAAAACUGGCGUUGUUUUGCGUCAAUUAUGGGUAUAAAAUGUGCAAAAAUUGAUUACAUGGAGAGUAGAGGUGAUCCGACACGUGCCAUGUUAAAAUUAAAUCAGUUUAGAAAUUGUACUGUGGGAGAGUUUAAGGCCCUUUGUCGCAAAUACGAGAGGUUUGAUGUUUUAGAAGACGUUUUUGAGGUGUUUGGUUAUUGAUGCAGAAACCACACACACGCACACACACACACAAGACUUUGGCUGCCUGUGAUCUUUGUACAUAAUCAUUGAUUUGUAAAUAUUUUGCUUAUGUGAAUGAGAAAACUUUGAAAAAGUUAUUUAAAAAAAUCAGCAUUGGCAUCUUUGCCAUCUUUUUGUGUGUGUGUUUUGAUAGCUUGUACUCAUGUCAUCUUCAAGCUGCUCUUUCCCAAGAUGCUUGUUCAUGAACUCGAUCAGUUUGUCCCAACUCCCAUCCCAUUUGGAAGCCUACGUGCAGUUUGCAUUUUUCUCUGAUUUGCUGGUUUGCUAUAUCCUGCCACGUGCUAUUUUUACUGCCAUUUCGUGUUUGAAGUAAUUGUUUAUUUCACCAGAAAAUGGCACUCUGGUUGUUUUUGUGUUAUAUUUCAUCUGAAACUUCGAAGCCCAAAGUACAGGUGUAUGUACAAAUAUAUACUUUGCCUGAAUCAGACAAAAGCACAACCAAGAACAAGCCAUUUGAAGAGAAAUACUCCAUUUCUCAGCCAUUUUAGAUUUUUUUGCAUGCAGUGCCAUUUUGUUGUGAAGUGGCGUACACAUCUGUCUUUUCAUUCAUACAUGCUUUUCAGGGGUUGCCCUGAGGACAAUAUUGGUGAUCUUGGCACCCCUUGGAGCCUCAAUUCUCAUCUCAUUUGACCAUGUAGGUUGAAUAGAAGUGCCUGCAAAGAAAUUCUUGUUAGAUUUCAUGGUGACACUUGAAUGUUAUAGUAGAAGUAAAACUGGAUACCGUCACUGUAGUUUACAACAAUGUCCAUCGGUCCCUAUUGUUGGGCUGUUGUGUUGCUCCACCGACGCGCGUUUCUGCCCCUCUACACUUGAAUGUUAUGUCAGUAUCAAAGUGUAAUUAUAAUUGCAAAUAAACUGACCAGUAGCAUGUCACUCGUGACAAAAAAAGCAUAAGUUUUCUUGAUGGUCUCCGAAUGUCUCCCUAUUUAUAGGCGGAGUGUGGAUAGGUCUUAGGCUUAAUACUGCUAUAAAUAAUGGGCUGACCAAAUGUCUACAAAAGAUAAUUUCAUCCUGGCCUUUGUAUUUGUAUAACAUGUACAUGUAUAUCGUUUUGCACAGGAUAUUCUUGAUCUGAAUAUUUUCCAGUUGUACAUACUUGUUUUGUUUAUGGAUAUCAUCCCAGAUUUUAUAAUUUGACGAGCAUGCCCCUAAAAAAGGGGCUUUGGGCUCCAUCGACCAGUGUACGCAGGACCAGUGUAUAUACCUGGAGAUUAUUUUCAUAAGGUAAUGAGGAACUGCAGACGUCAAGAAAGUUUUAAGCGGCUAACAGAAUGUAUUACUUAUGAAAUAUGUUCACUGUGAA